GCCCCGCUUUGACACAGCCAGCAUGUUCUCCUUUAUGAAGUUGCGCUUCGGCUGACAAGCCCUGUCGUGGGCGGCCCCUCCCAAGUGCUGCUGCGAUGGCAUGCGAUUGGGUGUAAGCAACGCAGGACGCUGCAGGUCGCCGCAGCUAUUGCCUGUCUUGCGCACUGGCCGAGCCGGAGGCUGCUUGGGGGCGGGCCGCUUGGCCUUCGUGGCAGUGGUGGUACGCGGCUUGGCGGGUGUGAUGUGCUUGGGGGGACCCGGAGCUCGAACAGGAGACGCAGGGGACUUUAGUGCUGUCUCGAUCUCCUGCUGCCGAACCGACUCACAGGCGCCAUUCCGCUCCUCCGGCUCCGAGCGCGUCACAUGUCCGUGCAGCCGCAUGAACGCACCACUUAGGUGACGGAUGGCGGCCGUGCGGAGGGUGGAUCGGACAGCAACAGCGCCAGCGCGACGCAGGGUGGCCCUCUCUUUCGCUCGCCGCUUCAGGACGGCCUGUGCAGCGGCCCGCCACCAGCACGCUACACCACGGCGGAGCUCGGCGCGUUCGAUUUGGCGAAUGAGGCGGUCGACGACGUUUCGCUGCAACGCGCGUGCCGCAGCUGUCUUGUGCCAUGCGUGGAGUAGCUUGUGCGUCAGCUGGCGGGCCGCCCUCCGACGCUUCGCUGCAACGCGCCAGAUUAUCAAGUGGCGACGGAGAGUAGCAGAGCUUCGGACCACCUGACAUGCAAAGGUAAGGCAAACAUAUGGCGCACAGAUGUGUGUUGUGUCCCUCGCUGGUUUGCCCCGCUCACUGACCUGGUGCCACUUCUGAAGCGCAUGCCUCAGGACGGCCAGCUGCACGAUCGUCUGCAGCCUCUGCGCCGCCUCGCGCCACGCAAGCGGUUUCUUCAGCUCUGGCAUGGCGAGCUGGUACGAGUGAAGUCGGAUGGCAUGCCUGAGAUCAACAAUGACACAUUGCAGCGACACAGGUAUACACAUGGAUUUUUUUACUCACUCACUCGGUAGAGUUGAGGAUCUUGCAGGCUCUGAUGGCCUUCCUGCGCUUGACAGCCAUGUCCCAGGCAACAACAGCUCGCCUCAGCAGGGCAAGCUCAGCUGACACACAGACAUGACACACACGCCAAUGGAUAGGACAUUCACACCACCGACAGACGGCGCACCGUUUCUUUCCCCUGCUCUCUCCCUCAUUGUUUCUCACCCACCAGUGGUGAUUUCUUCCAUAGCAGCAGCGGCACGGCGAAUGCCCUCCCACAUUGGGGUGCGGCUGAAUCCGUCCAGGAAGCGCUCUGGCGAGGGCGGCUGGAUCAACGAGGGAGGGCUGGGUGGCCGACGCAGCUCGACGGCCAUCUUGUCGAGCCUCUCCUGGUACUCGUCGAUCUCCCUCUGCCGCUCCAUCUCCAG